UAUGAAAAAUGUAAAAGAUUAACUUUUUUCGCUCCUAAUAAUUUUUAAUUUAAUUAACUUUACCUGUGAAUUUAAAAUUAAAUUUUGUGUUAUUAUUGUUCAUUUCAUCACAAGGAUCAAGUUGAUAUCAAAAUUAUGAUAGUUCAACAGUUACUUUAGUUGUUUUUGUUACUCUUAAAACUGAGCUAUUAUUGCGUCUUAAUAACUUCAACCAUUUUGUUUUUCUUGGUAAGUUUUGUUGGUAAUUUGAUACAACUUUCUUUUCUCUAUCUCAGACUUAUUCUCUGAAAAGAUUGAAACUCUAACUUUAUUUUCUCCUUUUUUUCAUGAAAACCCUAAUGAGUUAAACUAUCCUUGGACCUGAUUUUCACCCAAAAAAGAAACCAAAAAACACCCAAGGCCUUAGAUGUCUUUCAAAUUUAAACUUUAAUCAAAUUUAAACUUAUCAAAUUUAAACUUUUCAAAUUCAAAUUUAAACAAUCUCACUGUUCAAAAACCAAGCUGAUGAAUCCAAGACAACAAGACACUUACGACUGGUAUUUAAUGAAUGAAGAAAAUAUUGUAAACUAAAAAUUUUCAAUGAAAUUGUAAAAAUAAUAGAAGCAAAAAUUGUACAAACUGAGCGUCUAGCUCAGUGCCCACAAGGGCCACCCUCUUGGGUGCUAAAUGCCUAAUGCAUUACCUCCGACCUUAGGAGGACAAUAAAUCGUAAGAGGUAUCAACUGCUCUCUCUUGCUAUUACUCUUUGAUUCAAUUGCUCACUUUGUUUUCGUUUCUCAUCAUCGUUAAUUGUUUACAAUUUAAGUUCUCUCCUUCUUUUUCUUUUAAUACCAGAUUAAUAUAAAUCAGUCAACAUUAAGCCUCUUCCAAGUUUCAUCAUCAUGAAUGGUUCCAAUUUCCUCCGAUCUACUAAUCGUCUCAACAGUUUUACAAGAAAUUAUCCAACUAAUGUUCAACGAGCAGUUCAUCAAGCCGAAUUAUCAAAAAUUCUGAUCGCUAAUCGAGGUGAAAUCAGCUGUAGGAUUGCAAGAACUGCUAAACGAAUGGGACUAUUAACAACUGCAGUUUACUCUAACAUGGAUAGAGAUUCGAUGCAUGUUUACUUGGCUGAUGAAGCAAUUAACUUGGGAGAUUCACCAUCAGCUGAUAGUUAUCUUAAUAAAGUUAAACUAAUUGAAGCAGCUAAAAGAUGCGGAGCUCAGGCAAUUCAUCCUGGUUAUGGUUUUCUCUCUGAGAAUCCUGAAUUUGCUGAUAUGGUUAAUUCAUCUGGACUUAUAUUCAUUGGUCCACCGGCAUCAGCCAUACGUGAUAUGGGAAUUAAAUCAAUUGCCAAACAUAUUAUGUCUCAUGCUGGAGUACCGGUAAUUCCUGGUUACCAUGGGGAAGAUCAAAGUGAUCAAUUAUUACUAUCAGAGGCUGAGAAAAUUGGUUUCCCCAUAAUGAUAAAAGCAAUUAAAGGAGGUGGUGGUAAAGGAAUGAGAAUCUGUUUAGCUAAAGAGGAUUUUAUAACUCAACUUGAAUCAGCGAGACGAGAAUCACUUAUCUUUGGUGAUCAAUCGGUUCUAAUUGAAAAGUAUGUUGCUAAUCCUCGUCAUGUUGAGGUACAGGUAUUUGCCGAUCAACAUGGUGACUGUGUUUACCUGUUUGAGAGAGAUUGUUCAGUCCAACGAAGACACCAGAAGAUUAUUGAAGAGGCACCAGGACCAGGAAUCGACGAUGAAACUCGAGCAGAAUUGGGUAAAGCCGCUGUUCGAGCUGCUCAAGCGGUUAACUAUGUUGGCGCAGGAACUGUUGAAUUUAUUUACGAUCCUAAAGAUGGUAAAUUUUAUUUCAUGGAAAUGAACACUCGAAUUCAAGUUGAACAUCCGGUUACUGAGAUGAUAACUCGAGUGGAUCUGGUUGAAUGGCAAAUACGAGUAGCUCGUGGUGAGACUUUACCCAAAUAUCAAGAAGAGAUUAAACUUCAUGGACAUUCAAUGGAGGCCAGAAUUUACGCUGAAGAUCCUGAGAAUAAUUUUAUGCCUGGAGCAGGUAAACUGGGGCAAAUUAAGUUACCUGAACAUGAAGAAAAUGUAAGAAUUGAAAUGGGAGUUCGAAGUGGUGAUGAAGUUUCCGUUCAUUAUGAUCCAAUGAUCGCAAAACUUGUUGUUUGGGCUCCAGAUCGAAAUUCAGCUUUAAUGAAACUUCGUUCAUCGUUAAGUAAAUUCAAUUUAUCGGGUUUGAAAACAAACAUCAAUUUCCUUCAUCGUUUAGCAUCACAUCCAGAAUUUGCUGCUGGUCGAGUUCACACCGAUUUCAUCAAAGAACAAGAGUCAACUUUAUUUACUAAAACCGAAUUACCUUCAAAGUUGAUUAACAUCACCGCCAUCGGUGUAUUUGCUUCAUCAGCUGCAUCAUCGUCGAUUUCAUCUUUACCCACCAAUGUGUUCAGUCCACUGGUGACCGAUGCCUUCAGGUUACACCAAACGAUGACCUCACAAAAAACAUUCACUCUCCUUUACAAUGAUGAAAAAUACUCUGCUGUGGUCAAGCAACAUGGACCAAAUGAAUACUCAGUUUCACUUAAUGGAUCACCUUUUGUUACACUUGAGGCUAAUUACGAUUCAUUGACCAACUCAUUAAGGGUCAAUGAAGAUGGAUUAACUCAGAAUUACAAAUUUCUUAAAUCAUCUUCAAGUCAGGUUGCCUUGUUCACUUCGGAUAAAGGUGGUUACAAUUUCGAGCUGGAAACUAAACCUCAUUAUCGGUCAACCGGAUCAACUGAAUCUUCCGAUGGAGCUGCUGGUGUUGUCGCUCCAAUGCCCGGUGUUAUCGAGAAAAUUUUGGUCUCCGAAGGUGAUACAGUCGAAACGGGAACACCGUUGGUCGUUAUGAUGGCUAUGAAAAUGGAAUAUAUAAUUAAAGCAAAGGUCAAAUCGAAAGUGGAAAGGAUCAUGUUCAAAGCGGGUGAAAAUGUUCAAAAAGGUUCACGAUUAGUUAAAUUGGUGAAUCUAGACGAUAAUCAAUGAUGAGGUUGAUUAAUUGUGAAAAACUAUUCUACCCAAAUGAACUUUUCAUUAAUUAAUUUCUAUCAAUUUAUAUUUUUGGUGA